ACACCUCCCCUCCCCCACUUCCUCCCUUAUGAUUUCAUCCCAACGUUUGUGUUAAACAGCUUAGCCAACAGCCAAAGAGAUAAUAAGGCAACCAUUUUUUUUUCUUUUUUGACUAAAGAUACCCAGAGAAAGUGAGCAAGAGAGAGAGCAAACUCUCUCUCCUCUCUCUCUCCCUGAGCUCACUGUCAGUUUCCUGUUUCUGGGUUGUUGUCAGUGGAGUUGGUGGAGGCCUUUCGCGAGGCAGAAAGGAAAGGAUAUCAUCAUGGGGAGGGGUAGGGUUCAGCUGAAGAGAAUAGAGAACAAGAUCAACAGGCAAGUGACUUUUUCAAAGAGAAGGUCCGGUUUGUUGAAGAAAGCCCAUGAGAUCUCUGUCCUUUGUGAUGCUGAGGUUGCUCUGAUUGUCUUCUCAACUAAAGGGAAGCUCUUUGAAUACUCAACAGAUUCUUGCAUGGAGAGGAUCCUUGAACGGUAUGAAAGAUAUUCUUAUGCAGAGAGGCAACUUGCUGCGAAUGAAGUUGACCAAAAUGGAAGCUGGACUCUAGAACAUGCAAAACUUAAAGCCAGAAUGGAGGUUUUACAAAGAAACCAAAGGCAUUUCAUGGGAGAAGAUCUUGACAAUUUAAGUCUUAGAGAGCUUCAAAAUUUGGAGCAACAGCUUGAUUCUGCCCUUAAACACGUACGCUCAAGAAAGAAUCAGCUCAUGUUUGAAUCAAUUUCUGAGCUUCAGAAAAAGGAUAAAGCAUUGCAAGAGCAGAAUAACAUGCUUGCAAAGAAGGUGAAAGAAAAGGAGCAGGCAGUAGCCCAGCAGGCACAAUGGGAGCAGCAAAACAAUUGCCAAGACACAUCCGCCAUUCUUCUGCCACAGCCAAUGAGGUCCUCGAACAUCCGUUAAUACAUUUUGCAGUGGCACCUAUGAAGCAAGGAGCAGUGGAAGAGAGGAGGAAGGCAAUCCAGCACAACAUCGUGGAGCCAAUGCGCUCUUGCCACCUUGGAUGAUUCGCCACCUUGAGUAACUAAAACAAAGCAGUGUCCUUUCUUUAGUAUGUAUGUAAUUUUGAUGCAUAGAUAUAUGCCACGGACCCAUAUGUGUGACUUGUAUCUAUAUAGUCCAGUGUUGUAAUUAAGUAAUGCUGUGUUGAUAUGCAAUAAAAAAGAACUGACAUAAAUGUAACAACUUAUUGCAAUUGGAGCUAAUAUUCCCUAUACAUGUCAUCACUUUUCGUCUGUAACUUGCAAUAUGCAGAUAAAGUUAUCAA